CCCCAGCAAUCUUCAUCUAUAAAAACCCUGACCCCGCAUAAACUUCUUCAUCACUCCAAGUUUGAAGUUUUCUUUAGUUGGUGUGUUUCUAAAAUGGCUUCAAAGGCUGUAGCAUCUGGUGCCCUUCUUCUCUCCCUCAACCUCCUCUUCUUCACCCUUGUCAGCUCCACCAAUGUGGCCUGUCCUCCACCUCCCAAGAGCCUUAGCCACCACCAUCACCACCACCACCACAAAAAGGGCACUUGCCCUAAGGAUACCCUAAAAUUGGGUGUCUGUGCUAACCUUCUAAAUGAUUUGGUGCAUGUUGUUGUGGGAACCCCAGCAAAGACACCUUGCUGCAGCCUCCUCGAGGAUUUAGCUGACCUUGAAGCCGCUGUUUGCCUUUGCACUGCCAUUAAGGUCAAUAUCUUAGGCAAUAAUCUGAAUGUCCCAGUUUCACUGAGCUUGCUGCUUAACUAUUGUGGAAAGAAUGUCCCCACUGGCUUCCAGUGCGCAUAAAAUUAUUACCAAAAGGUCUUCUAAUAUAUAGUGCUUGCUAAUGUCUUGUCAAUUUCCUUACGGUUUCUGUUUCUUUUCUUUCAUAUGUGCUGUCUUUGUUGUUUGGAUGUAAGGGCAGACAUCUUGUUUCCCAGCUUCCUUACAGUCCUUUAAUUGUACCUUAUUUCUAGUGAAAAUUAAGAAUUGCAAUAUAUUUAUGCUUUUAAA